UUUGGGUCAUUCUUUGGAUUCCUAAAAGCAGCCUAAACCAUCUAGGCAACUACGAGCUGACGGAGCCAUCCGUCGGCCAGUAUCGGGGAUACGGCGUGGUUAACCCCGACUACUUUAACGACCACCAAAGUUCCAUACCAGUAUUACAAGUGCCAAAACCACGGUACGCAAUGGUUGGGUCGAAUUGCAUCACGACCCAACCCUUUUUGAGAAAAAUGCCUACAAACCAGAACCCAGAUAUGCUUUUGCUUCUCCCUCGCCGUGCUCCCUUUCCAGGGCUUGGUGGACCUGGGCUCGAUGCGCAUGUCUCUUCGAUCCCCGCGACUUUUAUGUCGCUUUUCCGCGUCAAGAAACCAGCCUGCCACAAUAUGCAAGUUUUUUUUUUUUCCAACUUGACAAUCGUAUCGUUGUGCUGUCUAAGGUACUUGACGUUCUCCCUCGCGCUGACGGAAUGACCGCGAAUUCCCUCCUAUAUCGUUGAUUCAAGCUUAAAUCGGGGCGUCGGGCAAUCUCUCGAUGGUGUACUUUCCACGUCCACACUUCAUGAUUGGAACACCGGGAAUGCGACGAAGUCUGGACACGAGGCCCUUGUCGUUGGUUGCGACGAGGUACACUCUGUCUUUAGACACCUUGGACACCUAUGAAGAGUUAAUCAGUAUUUUGACUCAGUCAAUCGAAGAUGUAAGCGGUUCGGGGCCUUACGAGGCAGUCAUCGGCGUACACCUGAGGAGAAACGUCGUUAGCAACUGGUAAUCGUGACAGUACUCGCAG